AUGGAAGAUAGGAGAAGAACUCCAUCAAAAUCUUGUAAACUUUCCUUUCAAGUGUACCCUCUUUUGCUUCUUCUUCCAUUGAUCUUCUUGAAAUCUGUAUCUGCAGUACCAUAUAAAAUUCCAAGGCUCACUCCACAUAUAAGAACACUCUUAAGAAACCCUGAUAGUAAUUUAUCUUCUUCUUCUUUACUUUCGAAGGAUUUCAAAACAUAUUCGUACACGCAAAUUCUUGAUCACUUCAACUAUGGACCCCAAAGUUACUCCACCUUCAAACAAAGAUAUGUAAUCAAUUUCAAAUACUGGGGUGGAGGAAAUUCAAGCUUUCCAAUCUUUGCAUAUCUUGGUGCAGAAGCACCAUUGGAUGAAGAUCUACUAAGUGUUGGUUAUCUAACUGCAAAUGCCCCUCGUUUCAAGGCUCUUCAAGUAUACAUAGAGCAUCGGUAUUAUGGAAAAUCAAUCCCAUUUGGAUCAAUGGAAGAAGCCAUGAAAAAUGAGAGCAUUAGAGGAUAUUUCAACUCAGCUCAAGCUAUAGCUGAUUAUGCAGAGGUGCUAUUGCACAUAAAGGAAAAGCUUUCAGCUCAGAAUUCACCCAUUAUUGUGAUUGGAGGAUCAUAUGGAGGAAUGCUGGCUUCAUGGUUUAGGCUCAAAUAUCCACACGUUGCUCUUGGUGCUUUAGCCUCAUCAGCCCCUAUUCUUUACUUUGAUAAUAUAACUCCACAAAAUGGAUAUUACUCAAAAGUAACUGAGGAUUUCGAGGAGGUUAGCAAGAGUUGUUACAAAACUAUUCGAAAAUCAUGGUCAGAAAUUGACGAAGUCGCUUCCAAGCCAAAUGGCCUCUCCAUUCUCAGUAAAAAAUUCAAGACUUGCGGGCAUUUAAACAGUUCUAGUGAGUUAAAGGAUUAUUUGGACUCAAUGUACUCAGUGGCAGCACAAUAUAAUGCGCCACCAGAUUAUCCAGUAACAGUGGUUUGCAGUGGAAUUGAUGGAGCACCCAACGGAACUGAUAUCCUUGGCCGGAUUUUUGCCGGCGUAGUCGCAUUUGAAAGUAAUAGGUCAUGCUAUGAUACAAAUGAAUACAUCUCUCCAAGUGAAACAACCGUGGGAUGGAGAUGGCAAACUUGUAGUGAGAUGGUGAUGCCCAUUGGAAGAGGAAUAAAUGAUACAAUGUUUCCAUCUUCACCUUUCGACUUGCAUCAAUUUAUCGCAAACUGCAAGAACUUAUAUGGUGUCCCACCUCGACCACAUUGGGUUACAACUUAUUUUGGAGGCCAUGAUAUUAAAUUGAUUUUACGACGAUUCGGGAGCAAUAUAAUUUUCUCCAAUGGUUUAAGAGAUCCAUACAGUACUGGAGGGGUUCUUGAGGACAUAUCGAAAAGUGUCAUUGCUAUCACUACUGUUAAUGGGUCUCAUUGUUUGGAUAUACUUCAACCACAGAAGAGUGAUCCUAGCUGGUUAGUCGAGCAAAGGAAAAAAGAGGUUGAAAUUAUUGAUGGAUGGAUGGCAAAGUAUUACGCUGAUCUUUUGGCAUUGAAAAAAAUAAAAUAA